UUCUUCUUUAUAGUUACACUUUCCUGGUGGUUUCCUUUAAGAACGAUCCUCACCUUCGCCGGCGCUUGAGUCGGCCGUUCGUCUCUUUUCAACUGUCCCCUAAACGGCCGAUCGCCGACCCCCGGUCACGUGAUCAUCCCUCUCUUAUUGUUUUUUUACAGCUCCGCCAUGAGAAAACCUCAAUUUCUAGAUCUCUAAAUUCUUAAUCUGAAUCCGAAUCUAGAUUUUAUUUUUAAAUUUUUAGUUAAUAUAUAUUUUUCGUUCUAGAGCUAUGGCGACGAGGAACCGGACGCUGUUAUUUAGGAAAUAUAGGGAUGCGUUAAAGAGUGUAAGAAUUCCGAUGAGUUCGUUGGCAUCGUCCUCGGUCCCGAAGAGUUCCGGCGGAGGACCGGUGAUCGAGAUGGUUAGUACUUCGUUGCUCCAUCCAAAUCGUUCUUAUACUCCUCUAAGUACCGAGGAUCCUGGAAAUUCAAGUAAGGGCGCAAAUGCAGUUAUAGUGGGUCUACCACCAGCUUGGGUAGAUGUAUCUGAAGAAAUAGCAGCAAAUGUGCAACGAGCACGUACAAAAAUGGCCGAGUUAGCGAAGGCCCAUGCAAAGGCUUUAAUGCCUUCAUUUGGUGAUGGUAAAGAAGACCAACGCACUAUUGAGGCUCUUGCCCAUGAGAUUACUAAUCUGUUGAAGAAAUCAGAGAAGAGAUUGCAGAAACUCUCUGCAACUGGACCUUCUGAAGACUCAAAUGUCAGGAAAAAUGUCCAGCGUCAACUUGCUUCUGACCUUCAGAACCUAUCAAUGGAGCUCCGGAAGAAGCAAUCAACUUAUUUGAAGCGCCUUAAGCAGCAAAAAGAGGGCCAGGAUGGAGUUGAUCUAGAGAUGAAUAUAAAUGGAAAUAGGUCUAAAGCAGAAGAUGAUGACUGGGAUGAUAUGGUAUUUAGUGAGCAUCAGAUGGCAAAGUUAAAGCAAAGUGAAGCAUUAACAGUUGAGAGGGAAAGGGAGAUUCAACAGGUUGUGGACUCCGUAAAUGAGCUUGCUCAGAUUAUGAAGGAUCUGUCAGUUCUUGUCAUUGAUCAGGGUACCAUUGUCGAUCGGAUAGACUACAACAUUCAGAAUGUUGCAACUACGGUCGAAGAAGGCCUCAAACAACUACAAAAGGCUGAGAGAACACAGAAACAAGGAGGCAUGGUGAUGUGUGCUACGGUGCUCGUUAUAAUGUGCUUUGUCAUGUUGGUCCUCCUAAUCCUCAAGGAGAUACUCUUCUGAUCCACAAACAUGGCUUUUUUGCUUAACGAUUUACACUUUGACCUUCCAUGUAAGCCGAUUACUUAAGAUGUCAAGAAGCAACAAUUUCCUUGUCCAGCAGCGUAAGAAUGUGUGGAACUUGAAUAUCCCCAUAUACACUUUAGAGGUUCGUGUUUACUUAUUUUCUUUCUCUUCGAUUUUUCAUUUCGGCAUUCGGAGAAGGGGAAGAGGGGGAAAGGAGGCGGUGUUUGACCAGGGUUUGAGGAUUGAUCUUUACAGAGCUUUGUAUAAGUUAAUUAUGUAUUAAUUUUCCUUGAGCGAGGAAAGGAGCUGAUUAUUGAUUCUUUUAAACA